ACGGCAGCCAUUUUGGAAUACACAGUCGUUGCCGAAACGAAAAAUAAAUAUCACUUGUGUUUUGUGGAUUGUUUAUCGUGUAAUUAUAAUUUUAUACUCCGAGAAAAUCGAACCAAACGUUUCCUAAACGUAAUUUAUGUUCCUCUAAUUCAAUACUUCCGCUGAUUCGAAGCUCGCGUUAUCGAACAUGGACGAUGCCGAUGAGACGCUUUCUUUGGGUCGUAGGACUCGUUCGGCGACGAAAGCCAAGGUUACCGUUCCUAAAUCCCAAAGGCCCAAACCUCUGUCGAAGAAAACCCGCAAGAAGGUCGUCAUGGAAAGCGAGGCUUUCGAAGCGGAAGAAGAACAGGCUCAAGACAGUAUAGUCAGUGAAAAAAGCGCAGAAAGCGCUAGCGAGAGUCCUGAAAAACCGACUAGAGAUGAUGAAGAUGACAAACACGAUUUGAACGGGAAGAGUAAAGAUACCGAAAGUGGUGUUUUUGAUUCGGAAUUUGCGGUACUAAAUACACCGAAAGAUGACAUCGAGAAUGAAGUAGACGAUAAAAUGGAGACGGAUUUUGACAAUAAAAUGGAAGAUGACGAACCGCUAAAGAAGAAAUUCAAAGGGGAUUAUAGUGACGAUGAAAUUGCGAAAACCGAAGAUAAUUCUGAACAUUUCGAGGAGUCUGAAGAGCAAAAUGUUGGGGAAUCUGAAAAAUUGACGAGCAGUAUGGAAACUGAAAAGAUGACAGAAGGAGAGUCCGAUGAUGACAAUAUGAAAACUGAGAAAUCCGAUGAUGAAAAUGUUGAAAAUAUCGAAAGCGUUGAAGAGAGUGAAGAGCAAAUGAAUGAUAACUCCUCAGACAAACAAAAAGCCGAUCCGGACGCCGAAAACAUAUCCGAAGACGAAUUACCAUCAGUACAAGCCGUCAAAGUACCGGAAGCCGAAGAAGUCUCCGACGAGGAGUUGCCGGGCCCCAAAAGGGCCGAACUGCCGGCCGAUACGGAGGUCGUCUCCGAAGACGAAUUGCCCACCGUGAAAACCGAGAAAAAGGAAUCGGCCAAGAGGAAAUUGAACGAAACCGAUUACGAUCCCGGCUCGCCGACGUCCGAAGGAGAAGCGCCCGCCAAAAAACCCGCCGCCGAUUCGACUGUGGAAAAGGACAAAGAGGAACCGAAGAAGCCCAAAAAGCUGCCGGAACUCGAUAAAUACUGGAAGGCCGUGAACGAUGAUCCCACGGAUUUUACGGGAUGGACGUAUUUGUUGCAGUACGUUGAUCAAGAGAAUGAUAUGGAAGCAGCUAGAGAGGCGUACGAUGCAUUCUUAUCGCAUUACCCGUACUGUUAUGGUUACUGGCGAAAGUACGCCGAUUACGAGAAAAGAAAGGGCAAUAAAAAGAAAUGUGAAGAGGUAUUCGAGCGCGGAUUGAAGGCCAUACCUCUAUCGGUGGAUCUGUGGCUACACUACCUGACCUACGUGAAGAGCACCCGGGCGGAGGACGAGGAAUUCGUGCGGUCGCAAUUCGAACGGGCCGUGGCCUCGUGCGGAUUGGAAUUCAGAUCGGACCGAUUGUGGGAUUCGUACGUCAAAUGGGAGACGGAAGGGAAGCGAUUGCAACGCGUCACCGCCAUCUACGAUCGAUUAUUGGCGACGCCGACGCAGGGAUACACGUCGCAUUUCGACAAUUUCCAAGAGCACGUGGCCGCCCAUCCGCCGAACAAAGUGGUCGAGAUCGACGAGUUUCUGGCGUUGCGCAAGGAGAUUCGGCAGACGUUGAAGCAAGAGGGCGUCGCGACGGGCGCGGAGGCGCCGGUGGAUUCGGACGCGCCGCCCGGCGACGAGGACCAAUCGAAGAUGAUCAGUACCGACGAGGAGACGAAGUCGAUUCGCGAGAGAAUCGUUUCGAUUCGGAGGAAAUUGCACAAAGCCACUGUUAACGCCGUUACUGCUAGAUGGAAUUACGAAGAAGGGAUUAAGCGGCCCUAUUUCCACGUGAAGCCGUUGGAACGGUGCCAAUUGAAAAACUGGCAGGAUUAUUUGGAUUACGAAACCGAACAAGGCGACAAAACGAGGAUAAUUGUCCUGUUCGAAAGGUGUCUCAUCGCGUGCGCUCUUUACGAAGAUUUUUGGCUAAAAUUCGUCCAUUAUUUGGAAUCGCUGAACGAGCCGGAAUUCCAGGCGAAGAUUCGCGACGUUUACGAGCGCGCCUGUACGAUACACCAUUUGAAAAAGCCCAAUCUCCAUUUGCAAUGGGCGAUGUUCGAAGAGGGCGUCGGCAACGCCGCUCGGGCUGCCGAAAUUCUCGUCAAUUUGGAGAAAUCGGUGCCGAACGUGCUGCAAAUCGCCUACAGAAGAAUCAACUUGGAGCGACGUCGCGGCGACCACGAGAAAUGCGUCCAAUUGUACGAGCACUACAUCAACAAUUCGAAGAACAAGAUGAUAUCGAGCAGCAUAUCGAUAAAAUACUCCCGGUUUUGUUUCACCAUCAUCAAGGACAUGGACAAGGCGCAGGAGGUGCUGAAAUCGGCCAUAGGCAAAGACCACAACAAUCCCAGAUUGUAUCUGCAAUUGAUCGAUUUGACGUUGCAAAAGGAGAACGUUACGGAAAAGGAAGUGAUGGAAGUGAUCGAUAUGUUUUUGGAGAAGGAUAACGUCGAAUUGGAUCAGAAAAUGUUGUUUGCUCAGAGGAAAUUGGAGUAUUUGGAAGAUUUCGGUAGCGACAUACAAUCGGUGCAAUCGGCCUACGAGCAGUAUCAAAAACUGUUGAAAUUGAACAAGGACGGUGGGAAAAAGAAGGACGUUAAAAGCAGCGACUCGCAAGCAACGUCAAAAUCGACCAAAGACAAACCGGCUACUCCAUCUUCGCAGUCGAGUUCCUACGGAAGUUAUGGGCAAUACGGGACUUCUGGCCAAGCCAGCUAUGCGUAUUCGGGAAACCAACAGGGCCCCAAUUACUAUCCGCAAUACGGACAAGGCGAUCAAUAUCAGUACCAGAAUUGGCAGUACCCUCAAGGGGGCUACGGCGGUUACAAUCAGUGGGGCGGUUACGGGGGUAGUUACGGUUACUAACCGUGUUCCAGUACCUAGUUUUCAUUUUCUUUCUUCUUUCUGUAGAUUAAGUUACGAAGUUUUAUAAGUUCUCGCCCUCUUUUGUAUUACUUCUUAGUUUUAAGGAAAUAAGAGUAUGUUGUAAAAAAAUUACGAAAAAUAACACGGUUUUAUUACACGCAGUUUUGUAAAUUGUUACACAAUUAUGUGGGUGUCGAUUUUUUCACUGUUCCUGAUUUACCAAAAAAAUAAAAAUUGAUCUCCAGAUGUAUACUGUAAUAAAGACAUUUUAGGAACUUAUAUAAAUAACUUUAUGGAAAUUGUCGAGAGAACUGUACAAAACGAUUAUAGGAUUUUUUCGUUUCGAUUUUUGCUCGUAAAUUUCAUCACAGACGUCGUUUAAGUACUUCUUGUAGCGCGGGUGCCUAAAGAAUUAUACAGAGUGUUAAUUAAUGCAAUGUAGUUAUUUUAAUGGGUGAUUCGGAAAAAAUGCAUUUGUAUAAAAAAUUCGCUAACCUUUCUAUAACGUUCUCGACGGAUUUUUGAAAUUGCCCAUCAUUAUCGAACUCCAAAUGGGACGAUAACGUUCUUAUCACGUUCGUGUCUAUCGCCAUUACGAUUACAAUCACGAAACCGGUCAAUCUCUUGAACAAGUUGCUCAGUUGCGAUCGUAACUGGAAUACAUUUUUUUAAUCGUGUAAAAGGUAUAAAAACGCCUUUAAAUCGAAAAAGCUACCUGAUUUUCGCAUCUUUUUCUGGUGUUUGACGACAAUUUAUCGAGGAAAAGCACAUCUACGACAGCCUCUUGAACGUGAACGUUCUUUUCGCCAUAAGACGAUCUGCUUUCCGAUCUGGAAAGCGAUUGCAUUUGAACGCUCUCCUCGUUUCUAUCCGUCCAAGCUUUCAAAAUCCUCUGCAAGUUCUCCAGCAAUUCGCUCGUACUGAACGAUUUCUCCUGAAAUCUACCAACAGAGCUUUAUGUUUCACAAUCGCAAGGAAAUAAUCGUAAAAUUACCUUUCUCUCUCCCAACUUCUAACUCUCACCAUACCCGGUUCGUUAUCUUUCAGCACGAUCACGUGGGACACUUUCGCAUCGUUCAUUUGCUCUUGGAUGUCUUCUAUGUUCGCGACUUCGAUCAGGGCACUUCUUAUGCCAGCAUCCCAAAGGCUCUUCAAUAUCUAACAAAAAUAUUACUCGCUUAAAAACCGAAUAGUAAAGGACCACACAUCUAGAGUAGAAAGUAGUGUGGCGUAGAGCAGUGUAGAUUGUUAGUAUUAAAGUAUAGAAUUAGAAUAGAGUAGAAAGUAGUGUGGUAAGUGUAGAAUCAGAGUAGAGUGGUGUAGUAUAGUGUAGACAAGUUUAGAUUGAUAGUAUUGAAGCGCAGAAUCAGAGUGGAGUAGAUUCGGAGUGAAGUAGAAUAGAAAGUUGUGUGGGGUAGUAAAGUGUAGAUUUAGAGUCAGAGUAGAUUCAUAAUAAAGUAGAGAAGAAAGUAGUGUGGUGUAUAAAGUGUAGAUUUAGAGUAUUGUCGUGUAGAAUCAGAGUAGAGUAGUGUAGAUUGAUAGCCCCAUUCAACUCGACCCCGAAAUUUCAAACAACUCGUACCUUCGUUUUAUCCUGGAUCGAUUGCCUGUUCCCCACGGAACAAACGACCACAUCCAGAUUAUCCGACUUGGGCACGUCCUCGCCCUGGGCCUUUUGCAAUGCUUGCACCAGUUUAUCCAACGAGAUCGACACGCCCACGGCGGAUUGUUGUACGCUCUUGCUGGAUAUACUGGCCUGUUCCACGAUCGAACGGUACCACGAUAUCAUAGAAUCGUAUCGCCCUCCUGCGGCUAGAACCUCCAUCGAGUCUCGCUUGUGCUUCUUCUUCAGCUCGCAGACGAACUGGAAUAUCAUGCCGGAGUACUGCUGUACGUUGUACACCAAACCCGGAGACACUACCAUAUCGUA